AUGGCGCCCAUCAGCGAUAAGAAGGGCGGCCCAAAGGCGGGCGUGGACGAAGGAUACUCACGCCUUCACAUUACGCCGUUCAAUGCUUCGCUAAUGGCAGCAAUUGUGCCGCCAUCGCUGGCACCGAAGGCACGAAACAUCUCAUUCCAUACCCUGCAGGCGUUUCCCGAAAAGGAGUAUGGGUUUGUGGAUUUGCCCACCGAGGAAGCGGGGAAGAUAAAGAGGAAGUUGAAGGGAGCUUUGCUUCGUGGGAAGAAGAUUGCAAUUGAAGAGGCGAGAGGAGAGAAGGCUUGGGGGGAGGCGAUUGAUGGGGGUGAGGGUGCCGAGGAAGAGGGAAAGAAAAAGAAGGAGAAAUCUAGCAAGAAGAGAAAGCGACACGAGGAGCCUAUGAAGGGCGCCGAGGUGCUGGAUCGACAGAUCAAGCGCGGCUGGACGGAUCCGAAGGCUACCAAGAAGGCAGCGAAAGAGAAUAGGAUGAAGGAGGGCAAGGAUAAGAAGAAAGAGAGGGAGAAGAGCAAAUAUACCACUGAAGCGGAAUGCCUUUUCCGAACAACGUUGCCACCGACCAUCGCAGCGGCCUUGCCUGCAAAGGGGAUCGAGGGUGUGGUAGUGGAUAAAGAGAGGAGGAAAAGAAAGGCCGGGAAAGACGUGACUCUGCAUGAAUUUGCCAAGACAGAAAAGUUUGCAACGUUUUUGAGGCAGAAGAGCACGGGGGGGAAUGUGAAAGUAGCAGUGGAGUUUGUCGAAGGGAAGGGCUGGGUGGAUGAGAAUGGAGAAGUGGUGGAGGGAGAGCCAAAGAAGUCAAAUCAUAACGUUGAUGUGUUAAAAAAAAUUGCGAAGGAGAACAAGGUCAGGUUGCCGCCUGCCGAGCCUGUGGAAAAGUCGGAGUCCGAGGAAGACGCAGACACCAGCAUGCAAGAUGCUGCGGCAGAAGUUUCCGAUACUUCCAGCUCUGGCUCCUCUUCUGAAGAUGAGGACGACGAUGCCUCAGAGCAGGAAUCCGAAAAUGAAGCUGAAGCACAAUCUUCAAACUCACCAGACCAACCCGCCACAUCAGCCGCCCCCUCAAUACCACCACCAUCUCAUGGGCUCACAAUAUCAAUCCCGCCACCACCAGGCCUAAAGUCCAAGGAAACCGCUUCUAUCCACCCACUUGAGGCACUCUACGGGCGUCGCGACCAGGGCGCAAACGCUUCUGAAGCCCCUGCUGCCUCGUCAUUUACAUUUUUCGGAGACGGAAAUAACUCUGAUGUCGAUGAGGAUGACGAGGUAGACGACUUUGUUGCUCCUAUGACACCAUUUACCACACAAGAGUUCUCGUCGAGAGGACAGCGUAGUGCUGCACCGACGCCGGAUACAGCACAUCCUCAUAGGAAGCACUUCAGUUGGCCUGCUGAGGAAGAGGACGAGGGAGACUAUAAUACCGCAGACAGCCCCACGAGGAAAGCAGGAGCGUCUGGGAAAGCGGAUCCAAAUGCGAAAGAAGAGACAGAUCCAAACCAAGACUUCCAGAAGUGGUUUUAUGAGAAUAGGGGCGAGACAAAUCGGGCGUGGAAGAAGAGGCAAAAGGAGGUGAAGAAGGAGGUGAGACAGAGGGAGAAUAGGAGGAGGGGUAACCAGGGUGCCGCGUAG